CAUAUGAGGGGCGGGGCACUAGUGAAUGACGUCAGUGUGACUGACUCUCUUAUUGGCAUUGUGUCUUACACUACUGGCACUCUCGCUCUUUCCUGGCACUGCCACUCAGCCUCUACAGCAGUACUACAACCUUGAGUGUGUGUGAGUGCCAGGCACCGGCACUCUCCUGGCUCUGCGGUGCCGUGAAAGAUAGAAAUCAAUGAGUUGGUUCUUGCUACACGAGAUACUGUUUUGUGCCUUUAUUUGUGCUGCUGGGCUCUAGAUCCCAGGUUUUGGAGCUGUCCUCCCACUCCUAGGAUUGACCUUUGAUAUACCGCACCCACAAAAACCACCAGUGGUGUACGACCCAUAGAGGUUUAGCACUUCCUCACAAUUGUAAUCAUCUGUAAAGUAACCUGUAAAGAAAGAGUGGAUGAUGUCUAGCUACCAGGAUGACAACAGCAUACCUCUGGUGGAUGAUGACCCAUCAGUGGUGUUGGAUGAUGAUCGGACAGCAGCCUCUGAAAUAUCCGACUCCACUCGAGGUCAGAGUUUGGAAUCUAUUCCAUCUGCAUACACAAAUGGAUCCAACAGUCCUCUGCACAACAUUGUUUCAGGCUUUGGGCUAGACAUGUCACCUGAUGAGCAGGAGGAGAAGGCCCGCCUCAUUGCUCAGGUGCUGGAGCUUCAGAACACACUUGAUGAUCUCUCUCAGCGUGUUGAUAGUGUUAAGGAAGAAAAUCUUAAACUUCGCUCUGAAAAUCAGGUGCUUGGCCAGUACAUAGAGAAUCUCAUGUCUGCUUCAUCAGUGUUUCAAUCUACAUCACCUAAAACCAAGAAGAAUAAGCAGUGGCGCCAAUUUGAAGCUUGAGAUGUAUGGGAAGUUUCCACAGAGCCACGUAACCACCUUACUGCUGAGAUCAAUGAUCUGAACGUUUGCUGUAGCUGUCAGCCAUGUUGACUCAUCAGUGAUGCACUUCAGUUAUAUGCAGCAGUCACUACACUCUUCACUAUACAAAAAUAUUUUAAGGUUAUAUUAUAGCUUUAGUAUGAAAUUGUUUUGGUAUUAGUUAUUUCAAAAGACUAAUAUAAUAAUAAUACAGUAUUAAGAUUGAAUAGUAUAUACUACUACAGUGCUGUUCUGUAUGGUAGUGGUGAUUUUUGUUUUGGCCAGAGCAUUGAAUAAUCUUCCCAGUCCAAGUGCUUAUCAUUUGUAUUCAGUAAUGUAAUCUAAAUUUCCAUGAUUAUGUUCCCAAUGACUUUCAGUAAAUUAAAAUAGCCACAGUUUCUAAUAAUGUGUUGAGUGUUAUGACUUAAUUGGUCAAUUUAUUACAUUCAUGGAGUGCUAAACCCAUAGAUCACACAGCACCUGGGGUAAGUGGAGGUAAUAGUGUUCAGUUCAGAUCCAUUUUCUUGGAUCAAGAACCCUCCACCCCUGUUCUGAGGGAAAUUUUCUUCUGAAAGUGAUAAUUUGUUAAUAAGUGACUAUGAUAUUGUAAAAGUAUCAGGCUUCUUAAAUUAUCAGUUUACUAAAUCCAAAAGGGUCUUACAGUGCUAAGGCUCCUUAAACAAUACAUCAAUUUUUAGUUUCCUCUUUUAGGAUUUAAUAAAAUUGUGUAAAUGAUAAA